AUGGCAAACACAGCACAUUUCGUACGCAGACAAAGUUCCCGAGACCUAAAUCCACAGCGAUCCCUAGACCGCCUAGAAUUAAAAGAAAUGCGGGGAAGACUUGUAAUGGAGAAUGGAAACACGGGAAGUUAUGGAGCUACAAACGUUGCAUUUGAAGAUACAAGCCCCAAUACUAAAAUUAAGUCAGCCUGUAGCAGCAAAAGAGGUUCCCAAGAUGGGAAACCUAUAUUUAAACCGGAGUGUGGAGAGGAUGAGAGAGAAUCAUGGGACAGUAAAUUAACGUUUUUGCUUGCAACAAUUGGUUACGCUGUUGGUCUUGGAAAUGUAUGGAGAUUUCCGUAUCUGGCACAAAAAAAUGGCGGGGGUGCUUUUCUCAUUCCUUAUUUCGUUAUGCUUGCCAUUGAAGGAAUUCCCAUCUUUUAUUUAGAAUUAGCAAUUGGCCAGCGGUUAAGAAAAGGCGCUAUUGGAGUAUGGAAUCAAGUCUCUCCUUUCUUAUCAGGAAUUGGUAUUAGCAGUGCUGUAGUAUCUUUUAAUGUAGCACUUUAUUACAACACAAUAAUUGCAUGGUGCCUAUUUUACUUCGUACAAAGUUUUCAAUCCCAACUGCCAUGGGCUAAAUGCCCCAAUGUAUAUUUCCCCAAUGGUUCAUACAUCACUGAACCGGAAUGUGUGAUCAGUAGUCCUACUCAAUAUUUCUGGUACAGAACAACACUAAUGGUAUCUGAAGACAUAAGCACCCCUGAACAAUUCAACUGGAAGAUUGCUUUGGCUCUUUUAGUUGCCUGGAUACUGGUGUAUAUGUGCAUGAUCAAGGGUAUUGCUUCCUCAGGGAAAGUAGUCUACGUGACAGCCACAUUUCCUUACAUAGUACUCAUAAUUUUCUUUUUUCGCGGCAUAACAUUAAAAGGCGCCGGCGACGGACUACGCCAUUUAUUCACUCCGUCCUGGCAUACCAUUUUGGAUCCAGUCGUGUGGUUGGAAGCUGGAACUCAAAUAUUUUUUUCUUUAGGUUUGGCUUUUGGUGGCCUUAUAGCGUUUUCGUCUUACAAUCCUGUAAAUAAUAAUUGUUAUCGAGAUGCUGUGAUGGUAUCUUUAACGAACUGUUUUACUUCAAUGUUUGCUGGUAUAGUAGUUUUCUCCAUAAUUGGAUUUAAAGCUACUAUGACUUUCGAGAAGUGUUUGCAGUUGAGAAGUUCUAUGCUUAUGGAAUUAUUAGGGUCUGAUUAUAAUAGCUCUAAGAUUCCCCAUCAGAGCACUGUUCCGACAAAUCAAGCUAUCAACAAAAUAUUGCCAGAUUUACCAGUUUGUGAUUUACAAAAGGAGUUAGAUAAUUCAGCUUCUGGAACAGGAUUGGCGUUCAUAAUAUUUACCGAAGCAAUAAACCAAUUUCCAGGAGCGCAGUUCUGGUCUGUGUUAUUCUUUCUAAUGCUGUUUACUCUUGGAAUUGAUUCUCAGUUCGGGACAUUGGAGGGUGUAGUAACUUCCGUAGUGGACAUGAAACUGUUCCCGAAUCUUCCAAAAGAAAUAUUAACCGGAGUUAUUUGCUUAACAUGCUGUUUGAUAUCAAUGGUGUUUGCGCAUGGAGCAGGCAGUUACGUUUUCGUCCUAUUUGACAACUUUAGUGGAAACUUUCCUUUACUUAUUAUUGCAUUUUUUGAAUGCAUUGGAGUCUCUUAUGUAUAUGGAUUAAAAAGGUUCGCUGACGAUAUAGAAAUGAUGACUGGCCAACGCCCUGGACUUUACUGGCUGAUUUGCUGGAAGUAUCUUUCACCUUUGGCUAUGCUUUCUAUUCUAGUAGCCAGCUUUGUGGAAAUCGCAGUCGAUGGUUCUGGUUAUGCUGCUUGGGUAUCUUCAAAAGGAGAAACUGAACAACAUACAUGGCCCGUUUGGGCAGUUCUUUUGAUUAUCGCUUUGGUGUUAACUUCUGUUUUAUGGAUUCCUGGAGCUGCUAUUGCAAGGUUAUUUGGAAUUGUUCUUAUCGACGACAAUGAAAAAGCAUGGUUUCCAGCCAACGAUUUGAAAGAGUUCCAUGGCAUAAUGCCACAUGAGGUAUCUACAGCUGAAACUUGGCUGUUCUGUAUUAGAGCAGAUGGAUCGGAAGGAUUAUGUUGCCCCACUAUACAUUCUUAUGAUGAAAAUGACGAAGAGACUUAA